CCGCGGCUCCCUAGUUGCCCGCCGUGUGUCGCGGAGUUAGUUGUUAAAUCGUGGUCGUUUGUAAUAGAACCGCACGAUGGCAUCGGGUCAACAAUUCGAUUCGGAUUGCAUCACGCUAACGCGAUUCGUGCUCGCCGAACAGAAGAAAUGUCCAUCGGCUACCGGCGAUCUCUCACAAUUGCUAAACAGUCUUCAGACGGCGGUUAAGGUUGUCAGUUGCGCGGUACGCAAAGCCGGUAUCACUCAAUUAUUCGGCACUGUUGGGGAAACAAAUGUUCAAGGUGAAGAAGUUAAGAAGUUGGACAUUUUGGCCAAUGAGUUGUUUAUUAACAUGCUCACGUCUUCCUAUACGACCGCCAUUUUGGUAUCAGAAGAAAACGAACAAAUUAUUCAGAUUGAAACCGAAAAACAAGGAAAAUACAUCGUAUGCUUUGAUCCAUUGGAUGGUUCAUCCAACAUUGAUUGCCUUGUGUCCAUCGGUUCUAUUUUUGCAAUUUAUCGCAAGGAUUCCGACACACCGCCAUGCGUCCAAGAUGUUCUCCAACCGGGUAGGAAGCUGGUAGCAGCCGGUUAUGCUCUUUACGGCAGCGCAACCAUGAUGGUUUUAUCAACCGGAAAUGGUGUCAAUGGUUUCAUGCUGGAUCCAUCCGUGGGCGAGUUUAUUUUGACCGAACCAAACAUGACCGUACCUAAAAAGGGGAAAAUUUAUUCUCUUAACGAGGGCUACCAGUACAUCUGGGACGAUGCCAUCAAAGAGUACGUUCAAGCGAAGAAGGAUCCGAGCAAGGGCAAACCGUACGGUGCUAGAUACGUGGGUAGUAUGGUGGCCGAUGUGCACAGGACAAUUAAAUAUGGCGGCAUCUUUUUGUACCCAGCCACUAGUGCUUCUCCGAAAGGAAAGCUUCGCCUUCUCUACGAAUGCAUUCCAAUGGCCUAUUUGAUGGAACAAGCUGGCGGAUCUGCUUCUAAUGGUAAAAUACCCAUUUUGGACAUAAUUCCAGAAGGCAUUCAUCAGCGGUCUCCAAUUUUCCUUGGAUCAAAGGACGACGUCGAUGAAGUGCUUUCCUACAUUAAAAAGUAUACAUGAAUUUAUUUAGGGAAAAACCCCAAAACAGAUUAUUAUAAACUGAUGAUUUGAAUCGAUUUAAUUUUAUCAACACAUAAUUUUGGCAAUGUGUGUAAACAUUCAAAUCUCCAAUUGAUUACAAUUGCAAUUUUUCUCUAAUGGUGGUAUGCGUUGUUGGCUCCUCAAUUGUGAGUCAAAGUUAUAUUAUAUUUCUGUUAAUUUAGUUUGUAAAUGAAUCCGAAUAUAUUUUAAUAAUGAAAUAA